AUGGACACGAACGGCGAUGGCGUGGUGAGUCCGGAUGAGCUGGCAUGCUGGUACGCGCGCGAGCCAGCGCUGCUGCUGUCGCCGCAGACGCUGGACACUGUGUUGAUCAAUGAAGCGCAGGCGUUCUGUUCUAAAGUGACCAAUCCUAGUGAUAUCACUGCUCCGCCCGCACGUCUCUCAGCCAAGGUGCGAUUGUUGACUGAAGAAGCAGUACCUCGGAAGGCGAAACGACGUGGUCAACAGUCAUUUUCAUCUCAAAAGACACGGUGA